UUUUUUUGUAUUUUGUGAUUAAAUAAUUAAUUUUUCUUUUGAUUUCUUUUAGUUUGUUUCUUAUCAGUUGAACAAUUUUUAUCAUUAUUUUUGAUAUUUUAAUCAUAAAAAUAUUUUUUAAAGCUAUAAUAAUGACGUUUUUAGAGGUUUUAUUAUUUAAAUAAAAAUAUAAAAGCCUUGGGCGCUAGAUGGAUUCGAACCCACGACCUAAAAAUGACCAAACCAAAAGCGAUCCCACUUAACCAAAAUAUAAAAAAUUUUUAAAAAAUUUGUUUUCAGCCUCAGAAUGACUACUUAUAUUUUAUUUUUAUUCAUUUUUAUUUUCUCAAUUUUUGAUGGAUCAUUUGGAGCAAAUAUAUUAAUAUCUCCUAGCUGGUUGAGCCCUGUACACAGAUUUACAAUGAGGGAAUUGGCAGCGGAAUUGUUAAAACGUAAUCAUUCGGUUACUUGGUUAGAAUAUGGACUUAGACCACACGACUCAAUUUUACUGCCCAAAGGCGUUGAAGAAAUUUUUCUGCGAAUAGAAAAUGCCCCAAGAGUCACAGCACUUUUAAAUCCGAAAGGCAAAAUUCAACUAACAAGUAAUUCACAACUUUGGCAAGAAAAUUUUUGGGUGCCAGUGGAAAAAACAAAUGGUUGGUUGGCAUCUUUGGAUUUAUGCCGGGCUGUUCUGAAGGAACACAAAAAUGCUUUUGAUAAACUUGUUCAAAGAGAGUUUGCUGCUGUUGUGAUAGAUGAUUUAUACAAUCCUUGUGCCCUUCUCCAUGUCGGACUUCAAAAAUCACUUUUUGUUUAUUGGUCAAUGACUGGAUUGAGAACAGAGUCUGCCUGGGCAAAUCAAAGUCCUAGCCCUCCAUCUUACAUUCCUGUGCCUGGAACUGGAUUAACGGAUGAAUUAGGCUUCUGGUCAAGAAUUUACAAUUUAUUUGCUUAUUUAAGAGAAUUAUAUAUUCACCAACAUUUAAUUCUUCGUCGGAUGGAUAAAUUAUUUGAGAAACACUAUCCAAAUAAAGUACCAGAAUCAUUUGCGAUUGAGAGAAAUGCUAGCAUUAAUUUUGUGAAUAAUCCGCCGAUUUUUGACUUUGCUAGGCCUUAUAUGCCUCGAGUAAAUUUUGUUGGAGGUCUUCAUUGUCGAAAUCAAAGUAAAAAUAAAUGGGCGGACACGCAAUUUAUAAACAAUUCAAAUGAAGAGCGUGGAUUUAUUUUAAUUACUGGAGGAUUUACAAUUCAAUGGGCAAAUGCUCCAAAGGAUGUUAUUGAAAAUCUUCUUGGGGCAAUUCGAGAAAUGAAUGAUACACGAUUUGUUUGGCAAUACAACGGCCCAGCGCUUCAAAAUCCUCCCUCAAAUCUUUUCACAUUAGAGUGGUUGCCACAACAACAAUUACUUGGACAUCUUUCACAUGGAGGCCUAAACAGUGUAAUAGAAAGUGUCUGGCAUGGAACCCCAAUAAUUGGCUGGCCAUUAACCGCAACUGCCAAAGAUAACCUCCUUCGGGUUACUGCACGUCAAGCCGGUUUAAUGAUUGACCAAAAACGUCCAACAGAAAAACAAUUUUUGUCAGCAUUUAAAAGAAUUUAUAUAAAAUUUUAUAAAGAAGAAAUGCUUGUAUUUCAGGAUAUGUUAAUAGAUGUUCCCUAUACAGAAUUAAACCACUCAGCAUUUUGGGUAGAAUUUAUUGUUAGACAUCAAGAAGUGCCUCAUGCACGUUCUGGUGCUGAUGAUUUGAAUAUAUUUCAGUAUUUCUUGGUUGAUGUAACAUUAUUUUUAAUUGGCUGUACUCUCUUAUCAAUCUGGUUGUUAUUAAACUUGCUUAAAUUAACUGUUCGUUUACUUUGUUGGACAAUUAUAUAUUUAAAAUGUUGUGUAAUUCCAAAUAAAAGCAAAAAAUCUGUGAUUGAAAAGAAGGAUCCAAUAGCUAAGAAGAAGGAUUGA